AGGCUCCUUCAUGAUGGUGAACAGCUCUGGGCGGGCGUCUGGGCAGAAGGCUCACUUGCUCUUGCCUACGCUGAAGGAAAAUGACACUCAUUGCAUCGACUUCCACUAUUACUUAUCUAGCAGAGACCGUUCGAGUCCUGGCUCUCUGAAUGUCUACGUGAAGGUGAAUGGAGGACCACAAGGCAACCCCAUAUGGAACGUCUCGGGGGUUGUUACAGAAGGAUGGGUGAAAGCAGAACUUGCCAUCAGUACAUUCUGGCCACAUUUUUAUCAGGUGAUAUUUGAAUCUGUCUCUUUGAAAGGCCAUCCAGGGUACAUAGCUGUGGAUGAAGUCAGAGUUCUCGCCCAUCCAUGCAGAAAAGCACCUCAUUUCCUGCGACUUCAGAAUGUGGAGGUCAAUGUGGGACAGAACGCGACAUUCCAGUGCAUUGCUGGGGGAAAGUGGUCACAGCAUGACAAACUCUGGCUCCAGCAGUGGAAUGGAAGGGACACAGCGUUAAUGGUCACUCGAGUGGUCAACCAUAGACGUUUUUCUGCUACUGUCAGUGUGGCUGACACCUCUCAACGCAGUAUCAGCAAGUACCGAUGUGUCAUUCGUUCAGACGGUGGAUCUGGAGUUUCGAAUUAUGCAGAAUUAAUAGUGAAAGAACCCCCAACUCCUAUCGCCCCUCCUGAGCUGCUGGCUGUCGGAGCCACGUACCUGUGGAUCAAACCCAACGCCAACUCCAUCAUUGGAGAUGGGCCCAUCAUAUUGAAAGAGGUGGAGUAUCGGACGACCACUGGGAAUUGGGCAGAAACGCACAUUGUAGACUCUCCCAAUUACAAACUGUGGCAUUUGGAUCCUGAUGUGGAGUAUGAGAUCAGAGUGCUGCUCACUCGCCCUGGAGAAGGAGGCACAGGGCCCCCUGGACCACCACUCACAACAAGAACAAAAUGUGCAG